GAAAUGAAGACAAUGAAAGAGAUAAACCACACAGCACUGACAGAAUUCAUCCUGCUGGGAUUUGGAAGUGGUCUGGGGCUCAAGGAGGGCCCCUUUGUGGUGUUUCUGGUGAUUUACAUGACAACCGUGGUGGUAAACACCACCAUGGUCUUCCUCAUUAGAGCCAACUCUCGCCUUCACACUCCCAUGUACUUCUUCCUCAUGAAUCUGUCGCUCUUAGACCUCUGCUACUCCUCCACCAUCGCCCCCAAAGCCAUGGCGAGCUUCCUAGUAAGCAGCAAAAGCAUUUCCUUCCUCGGAUGUGCCACCCAAUUCUUCUUCUUCGGUCUCUUUGCUGCUACCGAGGCGUUCAUCCUGGCAGCCAUGGCAUAUGAUCGAUACACCGCCAUCUGCAACCCGCUCCUGUAUCCCGUCGCCAUGUCCAAGCAGGUUUGCAUUCAGCUGCUGGUGGGUUCCUAUGUUUGCAGCGGUGUAAACUCCAUGGUGCAAACAGUCUUCACCUUUACACUGUGUUUCUGUGGGUCCAAUGAGAUAGAUCAUUUCUUCUGUGACAUUCCACCCCUGCUAAGCCUCUCAUGCACCAACACAGACAUUAAUGAAGUGGUGAUGUUCACUUUAUCUGGCCUCAUCAUCGUGAGCACCUCCAUGGUCAUUCUCAUCUCCUAUGCUUACAUCAUCUCUGCCAUCCUCAGGAUUCGCUCUGCUGAGGGCAGACGCAGAGCCUUCUCCACCUGCACCUCCCACAUGAUGUCCGUGAGUUUAUUUUAUGGCACUGUUACCUUCAUGUAUACCCAGCCCAGUUCACUAUCUGCUCCAGCUCAGAGCAAAGUGGUGUCUGUGUUUUAUACCCUGGUCAUCCCUAUGUUGAAUCCCCUCAUCUACAGCCUGAGGAACAAGGAUGUGAAAGAAGCUUUGGGAAGAACCAUCAGCUCAGUGUUUCUACAAUGA